AUGGUGCCGAAGCUACUCAGCAAACGCAGUAGCUGCCCAGUGCUAGAUCCAGGAGCCAGGAAAUCGAUCGUACCGCAGUCAAAGACGGAUGACCGAAAAGACGACGACCAAGCAGAGUUGAAUCCAGCCAAGGCUUGGCCUGGCAGUGUCAAGGUCCUGUCUGAGAUACGAAGUGCCAUUCGGGCGAUUCGGCGAACCACGUACAACUGCUCUGAGGCGUCGAAUGUACUUGAAUGGAGUCAACGGCGCUCAUCAUCUCCAGACUUGGACGGACGAUUCGGCAACCAGGGGACUGGAGGGAGUGCAACGCCAACUCCUCUGCGCAGAGCCAAGGGCCUGUCGCCAAAAGCUCUUGCCAAGAGACUCGGAUUUGAUAACUUUCCAACUCCAUCCAAUUCCACGGUAGUUCUACGCGGUUCUCUUCUACGACGGCGAACAUCUCUUCAAGUCAUGCCGAGUUCUCCUACACUUCCCCUCGGGGAUGCCGUCAGUUCGAUCUCGUCGCUGUACACGGACAAAUCAUCCAUUGUUGGAAACAUUUCAACUCGAAAGACAUCGAUGGACUCUCGAAUUUCUGAUUCCACCUCUAACAAAACGAGUCCAAAGCGACGUCGCAGCCGUAGGCACCCAUGGUCCAGGUCAAGUCCGGAUGGUGGCACGUUGCAGACAAUUGACGAGGGCUUCUAUCAACCACAGCCCACGAUUCUUACGGUUGAAAAGGCAGCAGCCGCAAAGGUAUAUCUGGAAACCUACUUUAACAGUCUUCUGAAUCGGCCCAAUACUCGGACUACGCGUCAGCAAUAUCUGGAAUCUCAACUCUACUACAGUCCACACUUGGAUCUGGAUGAAAAGGAUGUCAUCAGGCGGUCAUUCUACUACCAAGAGGCUUGUCAUUCAAGAGAAACACGCGUGAUGAAAACAAAGUCCCUCCUUUCUCUAGAUCGUCAGGACCUGUCGUAUGCGGAGAACUUUGAAUGCUUGAAGGUUCUGGGUCGGGGUAGCUUUGGCGUGGUCAAGCUGGUUCGCGAAAGGGCCAACGAGGCACACACCUUCCCGCAGCAACUUUUCGCAAUGAAGGUUAUACGAAAGUCAGAAAUGCUUCGAAGCUGCCAAGAAGGUCACUUGAGGGCAGAGAGGGACUUUCUCGUUGCCUCAGAAGGCUCCAAUUGGAUUGUCCCACUCGUAGCCAGUUUCGACGAUUUGACCAAUCUUUACUUGGUAAUGGAGUAUAUGCCUGGGGGAGAUUUCUUGGGUCUGCUGAUACGAGAGAACAUGCUUCCUGAGCCGAUGGCGAGGUUCUAUGUUGCCGAGAUGAUUCUAGCUGUUGAGGAGGCACACCGACUGAAGUUCAUCCAUCGUGACAUAAAACCUGACAAUUUUUUGAUAUCGGCAUCCGGACAUUUAAAGAUAUCCGACUUUGGGCUCGCGUUUGAUGGUCACUGGUCGCAUGACCUAUCUUACUACAACUGCCAACGAUACUCCUUGCUGGGAAAAUUGGGCAUCCGUGUGGAUGGCGAUGCAGAAGAUCAGAAGAAGACUUUCAAUAUUAGCUCGCAGAUACCUUGGCUACAAGCGAUGAAGGACAUUUUGGACCGCCAUGAAAGAAAAGUUGCAGGGGACGACAAUAGCUUGCCUGGCCUCCUGGGCUAG